GUUUGUGAAAGCGAGAAGCCAUAAAUUUUUGUGGUCUAAUGAACAAUGACAGCGUUUAGUAAAAGAUGAAUACAAUAUAUAUAAUGCUUUCUCACUUUAAUAUUAGCGAUCUUGACGUCUUAUAUGUUACUCGGCCAAUCACUUUCUGAUUUGCCGCUAUGUCAAGCCUCUCGCUCGUUUUUCGUGUUCUUUGUCCUAUUCAAGAAGAAAAUCAAGCAGAAUAGCAUAUUUGACUCUUAAUAAGGCAAUUAACCGGACCCGAGUGUGUUGUUUAUUUAGAGGCAAAACUGUAUAUAAAUAUAAUUAAAAUUAUGAGUAUUAUUUUACCUUUUUCAUAAUUUUACCUUUUAUUUCGAAAAAUUACAUUUAUAAAUUGUAAAAUAUAAUUUCAAUUUACAUGCUUCAUGUAAAUGUAUGUUGAUGUCUUACUAGCUUACUAGCUUAUCUUCAAUUAUCAAUGAACAGAAUGUUAUCUUAAUUUAUGAUUGAAAAGUGUUUAAUCUUAUCAAUGACAUACAAUAAAAGAGGUAUAAAACAAAAGCCUGUGAUAUAAGCAGAUAUUGCUCUGUAGUGUUUAAGUAUUUGUUACAACAAUGUGUAUUUUAUUUAUUUAUCGUAAUCCUGAUGCUGAUUCUGAGUCAUAUCGAUUGAUUUUGGUCUCAAACCGAGAUGAAGAUUUUAAACGUCCAGCAUCACCAGCUCAUUAUUGGGAACACCAUCCAUUAUGUUUAGGAGGUACUGAUAUGGAGCCUGGAAAAGAAGGUGGAACUUGGCUAGCAAUGUCAUUAACAGGAAAAGCUGGUGUUGUUUUAAAUUUAUCUGAUGAAGCAAGUUCAACUAAUAUACCAAAAGAAGGACGAGGAUUUUUAGUGCCUAAUUUUGUUACAUCAAAUGAUUCUGCAGUUUCAUAUUUAGACAAAUUAUACAAGAAGAAUAAUGAAAAUCAAAUAUAUAAUCCUUUUAUUUUGGUUUUAAUAGAUUUACAGAAUGCAGAUGUUAAGUAUCUAAGCAGUUCUCAUAAUUCAACAGGACCUAAUUCAAGUCAAGACAAUAUCUUAGGUUUUGGUAAUAGUGGUCUUGAUAUUCCAUAUAAAAAAGUUGAAGCAGGGAAAGAAAUUUUCAAAAAUAUUGUUAAGGAUAUUAAGGUGUCAAGACAAAUGACUCUGAUUGAAGAACUUCUGAAAUUUUUGAAAUCAAAAGAAAGAUAUUUGCCAGAUCCUGAAUUGCAAAAACGUUGUUCAAAAAGGUAUAAGGAACUCAGCUCAAUCUUUGUAUCAACUGAUGGAUAUUGUACACGAACUCAUUCUAUUUUGUUGGUUAAUGGAAACAAUGAACUAACAUUUGUUGAAGAAACACUUAUGCCAAAUUUAACAUGGAAACGUCAAAUAUUUAGUAACAAAUUAAUACGUAAAAAUUGACAGUGAUAAUAAAAAUAAUUGUAAACGAUA